AUGACCAAGUGCUUCGCCAUCACCACUGUGUUGGUCGCCUGCGCUCUGUCGGCCACAUCCGUCACUGCUGACGGUGCAACGAGUGCUACCUGGGGGUACAAGCAUAACGACUCGAGCAUGGCUAACCCGGAGCACUGGGCGGAGCAGUACCCGUCGUGCGGUGGCUCGAAGCAGUCGCCCAUUGAUAUUGAGAUGUCCGGUGGCUGCAAUGCUGAGGCGCGCUCGCUGACGUUCAGCGGUCAGUGCACGGACUACAACCUCACCCAAUCCGACGAGGCGUUCAAGGCCGCUGUCAACGGAGGUUCCUGUGCCGUGUCAGCGAACAAUGCGUCGUACAACAUGGUGCAGUUCCACCUGCACAGUCCUUCGGAUCACACGCUGAGCGGAGAGCACCUCGACGCUGAAGUUCACUUUGUGCACAACAACACGAACGGUUCUGCGAUUCUGGUUGUCGGUGUCUUCUUCAAGGCUGUCGACGGAGGUGAGACUAAUCCCUGGGUGGCCUCCGUUCUGGACGCGCUCGACACGGUCAGCAUGAACUCGACGGUGUCCAUGUCAACUACAUCGUACGCUGACGUAGUUACCACUGCUGCCGACGCCCACGGAGUGUUCAACUACGCUGGGAGUCUCACCACCCCGCCAUGCAGUGAAAUCGUGGACUGGUGGGUCGUCAAGCAGCCCGUGAAUAUCUCCACGACCGACCUCGCCCGCCUGCAGUCGCAGCUGAAGGAAAUCCCCAUUACGGACGACGGCAAGAACGCACGCCCGGUACACCCGCUCAACGGUCGCGUCGUCGCCGCAUACCUCUAG